AUGAAUGGCGAUGCUGGCCUGGUCAGCUGCCUCGUUGACCGCGUGGCAACCAGGCUGCCGCACCGCACCGGUGCCGCUGGCCGCGCCUUCGACAAGGAUGAAAUUCUCCAUAUAACGCGGGCUACUCUGGUCGACUUGAGCCACUCUAGCUUGAGCGUCGUGCUCGGAUCUCUGUUGGACCUCCUCGAAGACCUAACACGGUCGCACACUCCCAUUGCUACACACCCGAUCCAUGUCCUGCGGUCAGAGGUCUAUAUAGUAGCUCUGUUAGCUGAUUGCUGCUCGUCGUCAUGGAGCGCCAUAUCGGACAGCCUCGCCAGAGCCAGCGCGGCAGGAUUCCCGACCCCCGAGCCGUUGGACGAAGGGCUCGUCAAUCGUGUGUUCGACGUCGCUAAACAGCUCUUGGAACCCAUCCCAGACAACUAUGUUCUGCCCGCGGAAGCCCUUCUGGAGCAAAUCUCGGAUCGCAACAUCCGUGUUCCUCGCCCCUCCAACGCCUCGCAGCAGAAGAGUGACGCAUCGGCCCCUGAUGUCCCAUGCCUCGAGGAUUGCUUGGUCGAACUGGACGUCCACAUCAAGACCGUGGUUGAGUAUGUUUCGGCAUCGAGCUGGUCGACGUCCUUUGCCUACUUCAGGCACGUAGUCUACAGCAUACGAACAACAUCGUUUGCCGACGCGAGCUCUGAAUUGUCCAGCUCCUCCCAAGCAGCAGAGAAGCUGGCUCUUGUCAUCGUGCGUCUCGUGUCUUUCUUCUGGGUUGAUGCCUCAAAACUGGGUCAUGUCAUUCAGGAGUUAUGCUCCAGCUAUUUGCACUUUAGGCGGUCUUGCCAGAACACGGUCGCUGUCGCCUUGCCUUUGCUCAUUACGCGCUGGAUAGAUCGCUUCCCAGACCAGUUCAUGCGACUUCAUUUGAUCCAUAAAAGACUCGACGGUGGCGCGGACACGCUGUUCGACAUGACGCAGACGGUGGUGGACAAUGGCAAGAAGAAGGCCGUCUUUUACCCGCUGCAGAUGACGUUGCUCCUCCUCCUCCCCGAUGUCUUUCAAGUUGCCAGCAACAUGCGGGAGGCCAAGAGUAACAGCGUGGUGAAGAAGGUCGCCUUUCUGGACUCGCUCAGGAAAGCACUGCGCAAUGGCAACGAGCGAGCCGCGUACUGUCUGGUUACCCUCCUCCGCGCUGCACGCCAUUUCGAUGCCGAGAAUGACUCUGCUCUCGUCAGUUACGCUAUGGACGUCCAGGACGAAGUACGGGAUGCACUUUUCGGCUCUCCGCCCGCUUUGCCCCCGGUCCUUGGCUUCGACCAAGACAUCAUUACGGGGGCAUUCGCGAGCCUGGCCCAUCUGAACCUGAAUGGCAGCAUCGACGCUCUACUGAGGACGUGCAUCUCGCAGACAUCACCGGAGAAGUUCAAGAUCGCCGUCGUACAGACUUGCUCCUACUUCGCAGGUCAAGCCCAUGCCAUCAAGUGCGACGGGCUGUUCCAUGCCGCCAUCCCCUUCAUGAGAGCCCAGUUCGAGGCUAACUGUAGCCGUAUCGCGACAGCACAGGGGGACGAACAAGGGUCAAGUGGCGGCGUUUUGGUGCAAUCCAUCCUCGAAUUUUUGGACGCGUUCCCAGGGCCUCUUUUCGAUGAGCUGUCGCGCGCCUCUCCGGAGGGCGGCUUCCUUAGGCCCUUCCUCUUGUGUGUGCUGUCGCCAGACCCGUCAGUGCGGCAGCUGGCUGCUCAAGUCGCGAAACGAGUCUUUGCGAACGCCGGCAAGUUGCACCGCAUGCCCGAAGGCGCCAUUGGCUCAGGCAUGGAGGAACUGCGGACUCUCUCCGACGUGCUGCUCGACAUCUGCGGCCGCGUCGGUGUAGACGGCGAUGGGGCUGUACUGGAGCUGUACGAUGUCCUGGAAUCGCGUGUGACUCUAAUCAAAGCCCUCCCUAAUUUGGUGGAUGUAUCUGAUGCCACAAUCGACGCCGAGUUUGCGUCGUCUCUCGAGACUGCUCUUUUGGUGUCGCUAUGCACCCCCAGCAUUGAGGUGUGCCAAAACGUAACCGCCUGCAUCGGGAUGGUUCUGGAGGAGCAUGCGCUACGGGCAACUGCUGAUUCUUCCCGGGCUUUCACCUGGGUGUCAUACAAUCGCGCUGUAUACCAGGAUCUCGUCUCCCCCGAGUUCCGCUUCACUGGUCUUGUCGCCUUUCAAAAACGGAUGCGCGGGCUUCUCCGACGAAUGCAACAUCCGACCUUGGGCAUUCUCGCCGCUUGGGAGACUGCGUUUGACAAGUGGAUCCACCUAGUGAAGGAGGUGUCCACGACUUCUGUUGAUGGUGUUGACGACAAGGUGCUGGCCGAGUGGCGGAAUUUCUCAGGCUUCUUGGCCUCGUUAGGCGGCACAUGCACCGCCGACCAAGGCCCACCGCUGGACGAGCCGUUUCCCGAAGAUAUGCGAUGGAUUGACCGGGUGUGCUCUGACCAUUACGAAGAAUCGCCUCUCACACGCUACCUGAGGCUUAGCAUUCAACUCCUCGGCUGCUCUAAUGUCAAGGUUCGCGAGGCGAUGCGAGACGUGCUGUCUAGCGAAAUACCACCCGUCCUUUACCCACCACUGUUCAGGGCUCUGGAGUCAGAGUUGGAUGUUCUUCUGACGGGCGCCCUGGCUUCAGCCGACAAGGGACACGAAAGCGAGAUCAUCUUUGCCGAGCAAGCAGCCUCAGUUCUCAAAACGAUGGUCGAGAGACUUGAGAGCCCAGGAGAUCUUGGUGCCUCGUCGUCCGUGCAUUUGGGAGCUCUCACUUUGAACCUAGCCAGGUUCAUUGAUGGAGCGCAGGAUAGCACGAAUAUGCAGAGGGUGAAAAUCAGAAUCUCCAACCUCUGCGAAGCGGUAACGAAGCGAAAGGAGUAUUUAAACCUCCGAGAUGACGUUCGAAUCAGGAACCAGCUACUGGAGUACAUUUUUGGCUGGAUAGCGAGGCCACACUCGACGAAAGCAGACCAACAGCCUCUGCUGGGGCCCCGGCACGAUGACGGGCGGAGAAUACAGAGGGACCUUGACAAGGCCUGCCUCAAAUGUCUCGCGGAUCUGACUUCUCGGCUUCCGCUCCAGCCCAUUGACAACCAGCCAGAUGCCGACACGAGCGAAAUGAAGUCCCAGAUGUUCCACACAUACUUCAACAGAUUUCUCUCGUUGCUGAACUAUGAGACCAAAGACUCGGGCAAGCUAGAGUAUCCUCCUGCUGCGGCAGCUCGGGAGGAGACCAUGUCCAAUUCAGACUUGGUAAUCACGGUCCUCUCGAACCUCCUGAGCGCAAAUAUCGACGUCGGUCUCAAGCACUCCUUGAACAUUGGUUACCACGAGAACAUCGAGAUUCGUGCGGCGUUCAUCAAAGUGCUAUACAACAUAUUGCUGCAAGGGAAAGAAUUCAGUAGCCUCACAGAUUUGGCCGUGAGCGAGAAAUAUGAAGCACUGUUCAAUCUUUUGACGACGGACCUCUCCCUUGCAGUUUCGAUGAGCUCCAUUUGCCCGCCUUCCGAAGUCGACGAGCUCACUGUCUGCCUCUUGACAAUCUUCGAGCAGCGAGGCCGAAUUUUCGAUCUUUUCGAAGCCCUGAUUCAGUACGAGGUUGAACAGACGGAGAAUGAGACCGAACUUUUGCGAAGAACUUCUGUCACCACAAAGAUGCUCUCCCUCUAUGCCAAAUGGAAAGGCGUCGCCUACUUGCGGGCCACUCUACACAAUGUUCUGGAGAGGCUGAUGAUCACAUCGCAGGAUCUCGACCUUGAACUUGACCCAGCCCGGGUGGGAUCACAAGAGGAAUUGCAGAAAAAUGCAGUUCAGCUGCAGAUCGUAGCGAAAGUCUUCAUGGAUGAUAUCUGUGCUUCGGAGUCGCUUGUUCCAGCGUCAUUCCGGAGAAUUUGCGGUAUUAUAUCUGAUACAGUGUCACAUCGUUUCCCAAACGCGAAGUACACGGCUGUCGGCGCUUUCAUGUUCCUGCGAUUCAUCUGCCCGGCGAUUGUUGCACCCGAAUCCGAGGGUCUUGUAUCAUCCAUUCCCACUAAAGAGAUGCGCCGUGGACUACUGUUGAUCGCCAAAGUCAUACAAAACCUCGCCAACAACGUCCUGUUCGGCACCAAAGAGCCUUACAUGUUUCCUCUGAACCCUUUCCUGGUCCAAAACAUAGGUUUUGUGACAACAUUCCUCAGCCGCAUCUCGGAACCCAUUGAACCUUUGGAGGACCCGGAAAACACAGGACUUGUCGACUUCGGAUCUUGUGUUGCGAUUCAUCGAUUCUUAUACGAUCACUGGGACCACCUCCGUCAAACAAUGGUCUCCCGGGACAGGCGAGUGCUCAUUCGGGGUCUCGGCGAACUGUCCCGUGGCUCACCCACCAUGUUGGAGCCCCUUCGGAACCUCAUUGCAGACCUUGGUCCUCCACCGUUGGCGAUGUCAUGGAAUCGACCACAAAUUUCUGCAAACACCCCUCCGCUGUAUUCUCGGUUCCAGAACUUCAUGCUAAGAAAUGCCUUCAAAGGCACGGAGUCGUUCCUUACUACUCGAGCGGUUUAUGACGGAGGCGAGAGCAAGGAUGGUCUUUCCAUUGUCUGCGUGAUUCUACGACACAUUGAGAAUGAAAGUAUCGACUACAACAUGCUUCUCUACAGUUAUCUAAAGAUUGCAAGCAGGCUUUGGCACGAACCAUUCGGCCUUUUCAUCGAUGCGACCUGUUAUCAUGGACGAGGCGAACCGCCGGACGAUUUUUUCACCAAUCUUGACCUUUUGACGCCCUCAGAAAUGUCACUCAAUCUUUCUAGGAUAUAUAUAUACAACAUGAACAGCGCCUUCAAGAGAUGCUUGCGGCGACUGCUCCGGGUCUCGACCAGGAACGACAGCAGUGUUUUCCAUCCCGACAAUGUAGGCUACCAUCUGAUAGGCAGCUUGCAAGAUCUGCAGGCGCAUUUUCACCUGAGCCAGCUUCAUCUCCCCAAGGAAACAAUCAGCGUAGUUACCGACACACGGUACAUGUUCCAACCUGUCACUCGGCUCUCCAAGUCCAAAGGCAAAGUGGAAGUGGUCAUCAAGGUUGGCAGUCAGUUCGUUCAGGUUACGACUGCGAAGAGACAGGAAGUAUUGUCGGGCUCCCGUCUCAGCAGCACCGUGAAUGACAUUUUUCGGCUUGGCGAAGUGGAUGAGGCGGCAACGACGGUCCAGCCAGAUGACGAGCUGUCCUUCGGACUUCGCGCUGAUGGCGGCAAAAUCGUCAUGUGCUUCACGAGCCCCAAGAAGGCGGACGUGCUUCAGACCAUUCGCAGUGCCAAGGGAAAGCACGGCAAGGAAAGCAGGGUCCACAAGCCGUUUGAGAGAUUGAUCCGACCCCAGGACGUGCCGGGCACCAUGCUUAACCUCGCAUUCACGAACCUAGCGAGCCCAGAUCAUGUGCUCCGACUCGCAUCAUACAACCUCUUGGGUGCGCUGUGCCGUGCAUUCAAUUUCGACGCCGCAUCAAAACUGAUUUGUGCCAAAGAUCUCUCGGUCCCAGCAGACCCCACCGGCUUCAUAGUUGGUAUGAGCAAGGAGUUAGCGCGAACCGAACCGCAGCUCACGGCAGACUUCCUGACCGAGUUCUUUGUCAGCUGGGAAAGCUUUGCAGACGAGCAAAAACCUCUAAGCCUGGACGAGUCGGACGGUGAAAAGGGCCGUGAAAAGGUGGCCGGCUUGCUUCGCAAAGUCAUUGACUUGAUCGUCUUUGAGCCUGGCUUAGCACAUGCUCUCGAGCACUACGUGUGGCCGUCGAUCGCCCAAGACGAGCAACUGUUGGACAUCUUCUUGGAUGAACUUAUCAAAACUGGCUUGAGCUACGACAGCCGACCAGACAUUUUGGAGGUUUUCUCAUCAGCCGCGGUUGGCCUGAGCACCAUGAGCCUUCGUGGGAAAGUGCUGUCACGGCUUCGCAAGGCACUCAACCGCUCCUCACUGCGGCCCACUCGUUUCCUGGCAGAGAAUGCAGUCUGGACUGAAAUCUGUGUCCUCUUGCAGUUCUGCUUGGCAUUGUCAUUCAACAGCGGGGUCCAGUCGUUCAUGUUUCUGCCGGAGGUAUUUCACAUCGUCACCAUAAUUGCCAACACCGGCGGGCAGGACGUGCGAGUGCUUGUUUACCGGCUACUGGUCAACACAGUCCAUGCAGCCUGCUCAUCCUUCAGUCUCGAUGACGCUAGACUCUCGAGGCUAAGGGCAUGCCUCGACUUGCUUUGCGAGCCAAAAGGUGACAUAUUCUCCUUACCCCCCGUACUCUCGCGUGACGGCGCCUCCGUGUCUACUACAGUACAGGACGCUGCAUCUCAUUUGGCAGCGACGGAGAGUCUGGCUGCCGUGCUGUCAGAAGCAUGUUCCGUGGCGGCGCCGUCAGUUGACGUUGCGAAUGCCUGGCGGUCCCGGUGGAUGAGCUUGGUAGCGAGCACUGCAUUCCAGAACAACCCAGCCGUGCAACCGCGGGCAUUUGCUGUCAUGGGUUUCCUUGCCCGCGAGGAAGUCGACGACGAUCUCCUUUACCAAAUCCUAGUCGCCUUGCGGAGCAGUGUCAGCCAGUUUGGAGAAGACGGAAACAGUGAGAUGCUGGUUUCUAUCAUCACCUCAUUGUCUAAGAUGAUGGCGAAGCUGCCGUCGGCGUCGCGGUACGGGCUUCAGCUUUUCUGGCUGGCCAUGUCCCUGGUCCGUCUGGUGCCGCCAGGGCUGUUCAACUGCGCAGCCCAAUUUCUCGAGGCGGUCCUGACAAACAUUGGGACAAUCGGAAACGCGAGAGGUGAGAGAAUGGUGCCGCUGCUGCUACAAAGCCGGGCGCAGCUGGAAGAGGCGGCGUUGCCGCUUGACGAUGCGUACGGCAUCUGCUUUGACGAGGAGACGUUCCACUUCGCUGUUUGUGCCUGCCUGGUGCGAGGGCUCACAGACACCGUCACCAGACGAAUGGCAAUACGCGUCCUAUCGGCCUUCCUGGAGAUGACGUCUUGGACAGCUGGCGCAUCGCCUGCCGGACCGACCUACGCGGUGCAAGGCUCCCCAUACUUGGCCCUAAUCCUCGCCCGGUGCACGGGUCACGAGGACUUCAUGGACUCUCUCUGGUGGGCGGACUUUGGGCCUGACGGAUUCGAGGACAUGAUUGACGGCCGCGGACCCAGUGGCAUGAGUGGCGCAAAGGACCAAGACGUUCUACUCGCGUCGGUUAUUGAGCUUGUCGACUUUCACUUUCUGCAGGACGCAGCUCAAACGCGAAGCUUACAGUGGCUGAACAAGCUGGCGUCGAACCGGCCCCGUGUCUUUGUCACGUUGUGUGGCGCCAUGCCAUCGAUCCUUGACGAUGUGCUCCUUCACGGCCAGGAGUCAACGGCCCUUAAGGCGGCGCACACGCUGCUGAGGACGCUGACGUCGAGCAACGAGUUCUCGGCGGCCAUGGCUUCCAACGAGCCCCUUAACGACGCCCUCGACGACUUGGGCUUCGGCGGCCUGUGGAAAUAUUCGUCUCAGGCGUCCUUGGACGACGUCAAGCAUGAGUGCUUCGGUCUGACGGAGAAGCUGAUUGAGCGCGCCUAUUCGCGCCUACCCUGA